AUGGCUUCUGACCCACAGCACCCCAAUACAACCUAUCCUUUCCCAAUGCAGAGACUUAAUCACUCAUCCUCAGAGAAGUCUGAAUAUACUGAUAAGCGCCCAAACCAAAGAGAUAUUCUCAGUUCUCUAAACAAGGAGCCAAAGGAAACACCACUUGCAAAUGCUGCAUUCUGGGCAGCAAGAAAAGGAAACCUGGCUCUUCUGAAACUCUUGUUAAACAGUGGUCGGGUGGAUGUGGACUGCAGAGACAGUCAUGGCACCACUCUCCUCAUGGUUGCUUCCUACGCUGGCCACAUAGAUUGUGUGAGGGAAUUGGUUCUCCAAGGAGCAGAUAUCAACCUUCAGAGAGAGUCAGGUACAACGGCUCUAUUCUUUGCUGCACAACAAGGUCACAAUGAUGUGGUGAGAUUUCUCUUUGAAUUUGGAGCUUCUACUGAAUUUAGAACUAAAGAUGGAGCCACUGCACUCUUCCUCGCAGCCCAAGGGGGUUACUUGGAUGUGAUUCGAUUGCUGUUAUCUUCAGGAGCAAAAGUCAACCAACCAAGGCAGGAUGGUACGGCUCCAUUGUGGAUAGCAUCUCAGAUGGGACACAGUGAAGUAGUGAGAGUAAUGUUGCUUCGGGGGGCAGAUCGAGAUGCUGCAAGAAACGAUGGUACAACAGCACUAUUGAAAGCUGCCAAUAAAGGGUACAAUGAUGUCAUAGAGGAACUGCUUAAGUUCUCCCCCACCCUUGGCCUUUUAAAGAAUGGAACAUCAGCUCUCCAUGCUGCAGUGCUCAGUGGUAACAUCAGAGCAGUAGCCUUACUUCUGGAAGCUGGAGCAGACCCUGCCCUGAGAAAUAAGGCAAAUGAGCUACCAGCAGAACUAACCAAAAAUGAACGCAUUUUACGUCUCCUCCGGAGUAAGGAAACACACAGGAAGAGCUAA